CCUCCUCCUCCUCCUCCCCCCCCUCCCCCCCCGCCCGGGACGCGCCGCCCGCGCUCAGCGGCGCUGCCACCGCGGCCGCGGCUGCUCCGCCCGGCCCGGCCCGGCCCGGUCCCGGUCCCGGUCCCGGUUCGGUCCCGGCCAGGUCCCGGCAAGGUCCCGGUGCGGCCCGGAGCCGUCUGACCCGGAGCGGUCCCGGUUCUGGUCCCGGUUCUGGUCCCGGUUCUGGUCCCGGUCCCGGUUCUGGUCCCGGCCCGGCCCAUGGCGCCGCUCGGCCCCGCGCUCCUCGCCCUGCUGGCGGCCGCCGCGCUCGGCUCCCGCCCCGGUCCCAGCUCCAGCCCCGGCCCCAGCUCCAGCCCCGGCCCCGAUCCGGCCCCGCGCGCCGCCUCCUUCCUGGAGAGCCCGGCGAACCUGACGUCGUCGGCGGGGGGGGCGGCGCGGCUGCGCUGCACCGUGCGGGCGGCCGCCGACCCCCCCGCCGACCCCCCCGAGCUGGGCUGGCGGCGCGACGGGCACCCGCUGCAGCUGGCCGACACCGACCAGGCCCAGGUGCCGCUCGCCGACGGCCUCUGGCUCGUCACCAGCCAGCUCAGCAUCCCGGCCGUGCAGCUCUCGGACGCCGGGCGCUACCAGUGCUCGGUGCGGGUGAGCGGCGAGGAGAUCCUGUCCGCCGAGGCGCACCUGCAGCUGGAAGGGCUGCCGCUGUUCUCGGAGGAGCCGCAGGACCUGGCCGUGGCGGCCGCCACCCCCUUCACGCUGCGCUGCCGGGCCCAGGGCCCCCCCGAGCCCGUGCGGCUGCUGUGGCUGCGCGACGGGGCCCCCCUGCCCCCCCCGCCGGGCCCCGGCGGCCCCCCGCCCUCCACCCUGGCCGUCGGCGGGCUGAACCGCAGCGCCACGUUCUCGUGCGAGGCCCACAACGCCCGGGGCGUCAGCACGUCGCGCACGGCCACCGUCACCGUGGUGCCGCAGCCCCCCCGGAACCUGGUGCUGGUGACGCCGGGGCCGCGCUCGCUCGAGGUGACCUGGGAGCCGGGGCCCAGCGGGGAGGCGCCCCUGAGCCUCUGCACCGUGCAGGCGGUGCGGGCGGAGGAGGAGCCGAGCGGCGCGGCGGCGCCGGGGCCGGGGCCGGGGCCGGGGCCGGGGCCGGGGCCGGGGCCGGGUCUCUACGAGCGCGCGGUGCCGGUGCCGCCCUUCGCCCACCGCCUGGAGGCGCUGCAGCCCUGCGCCGCCUACCGCGCCCGCGUGAGCUGCCGCAGCGCCCAGGGGGCCUCGCCCUGGGGGCCCUGGGUGCCCAUGAGCACCCUCGAGGCCGCGCCCGGGGCCCCCCCGGAGAACGUGACGGCGGAGCGGGCGGGCGCCGGGGCCCGGGUGCGCUGGGCGGCGCCGCGCGGGCGCCUCAACGGGCAGCUGCGGGGCUACCGGCUGGGCUACCGCCGGCCCGGCGCCCCCGAGGUGGUGCUGGACGUGGGGCUGGCGCAGGAGGCGACGCUGGAGCUGCCGCCGGGGAGCCGCAACGUGACGGUCCGCGUGCGGCCCUACACGGGGGCCGGCGCCGGGCCCUGGAGCCGCCCCGUCGCCCUGCCGCCCCCCGGAGCGCAGCCGCCGCCGGGGGCCGGAGCCGGGGGGGGGCCGGAGGUGGCGGGGGCCGGCGCCGGCCCGGCGCGGGGCUGGUGGCUGGCGGGGCCGGUGCUGGCGGCGCUGGCGGCGCUGGCGCUGGCCCUGGGGGUGCUGGGCGCCCGCCGCCGCCGCAAGGAGACGCGUUUCGGGGAGGCCUUCGAGCCCCGCGCCCGCCGCGGCGACCUGGUGGUGCAGUACCGCGUGCGCAGGUCCUACAGCCGCCGCACCGCCGAGGCCACGCUGAACAGCCUGGGCAUCAGCGCGGAGCUGAAGGAGAAGCUGCGGGACGUCAUGGUCGACCGGCACAAAGUGGCGCUGGGCAAGACGCUGGGAGAGGGCGAGUUCGGCUCCGUCAUGGAGGGGCAGCUCAGCCAGGACAACUGCGUGCUCAAGGUGGCCGUGAAGACCAUGAAGAUCGCCAUCUGCACCCGCAGCGAGAUGGAGGACUUCCUCAGCGAGGCCGUCUGCAUGAAGGAGUUCGACCACCCCAACGUCAUGCGGCUCAUCGGCGUGUGCCUGCAGAGCGGGGGCGGCGGGGGCUUCCCCUCGCCCGUCGUCAUCCUGCCCUUCAUGAAGCACGGCGACCUGCACAGCUUCCUGCUCUACUCCCGCCUGGGCGACAGCCCCCUGGCGCUGCCGCUGCGGACGCUGGUGGGCUUCAUGGCCGACAUCGCCAGCGGCAUGGAGUACCUGAGCGGCAAGAACUUCAUCCACCGCGACCUGGCCGCCAGGAACUGCAUGCUGGACGAGCGGCUGCGCGUGUGCGUGGCCGACUUUGGGCUCUCCAAGAAGCUCCGCAGCGGCGACUACUACCGGCAGGGCCGCGUGGCCAAGAUGCCCGUCAAGUGGAUCGCGCCCGAGAGCCUGGCCGACCGCGUCUACACCACCCAGAGCGACGUGUGGUCCUUCGGGGUGACCAUGUGGGAGAUCGCCACGCGGGGCCAGACGCCCUACCCGGGCGUGGAGAACAGCGAGGUCUACGACUACCUGUGCCAGGGCCACCGCCUGCGCCAGCCCCCCCACUGCCUCGACGGCCUGUACGGGCUGAUGCGGCGCUGCUGGGCGCUGGAGCCGCGGGAGCGGCCGCGCUUCGGGGAGCUGCGCGGGGCCCUGGCCAAGCUGCUGCGGGGGCUGCCGGCCCCCCCCGGCCCCCCCGGGCCCCCCACCGCCCUCUACGUCAACCUGCGGCGGGCCCCCGCCCCCCCCCCGCCCCCGGGGGCCCCCGGCCCCGCCGCCGCCGUCCCCCCCGCCGCCCCCCCGGCCCCCCCCGCCGCCUCUGCCGCCGACGGGGCCCCCCCGGGCCGCUACGUGGCCUGCCCGGCCCCCCCCGAGAGCGGCCGCCCCCCCGGCGAGCCCCCCGCCCCCUGCGCCGCCUCCGAGGAGGGCGCCUGAGACCCCCCCCCGCCCCACGGCUGCCCCACUGCCACGGCCGGGACCCCCCCGAGCUGCCCCACUGCCAGAGCUGGGACCCCCCCGCUGGGGACGGACCCCCCCCCCCCAGCUGCCCCACUGCCAGAGCU